UUGCGCGGGAAGAGAGAAGAGACGGACGCCACAGAUCUCGCAGCCGACAUUCAACAUUAUAGAAUAGACGUAAAAACGACAAGGAAUUGCUGCCAAGAUGGUUGAACGUAUUGAGGAUUUGAAUCUGCCCAAUGCCGUGAUUGCGCGACUAAUCAAGGAGGCUCUGCCCGAUGGAGCGAACGUGAGCAAGGAGGCGCGUGCGGCCAUUGCCCGAGCGGCCUCCGUCUUUGCCAUUUUUGUGACAUCCUCAUCGACGGCGCUGGCUCACAAGCAGAACCACAAGACCAUUACGGCCAAGGAUAUCAUGCAGACACUCACAGAACUGGACUUUGAGAGUUUCGUGCCGUCGCUGUCGCAGGAUCUGGAAGUGUACCGAAAAGUGGUGAAGGACAAAAAGGACAGCAAGGCCAGCAAGAAGGAUGCGAGUGGUGCCGCAGACGCCACAGCUAGUGGCAGUGGGGCAACCGAAGAGGCAAACUAACCCCACGUCGAAUCACAAAGCAGAUGUAACUGUAAACUUAAGCUUAAGUAAUGUUUAAUAUGUUCAUUAAUUCACCAACAUGUGUGUAAAUCAUAUUCGAUGGUAUCCAUUAUAAAUCAAUCUACA